AUGCAGCUGCAGGUCUCCUUCUCACUUUUCCUGAUCCUCAUCUUUUGCUCAGAAGAAACAAAAGAGGCCCAGAGGUUCUUACCACCUGAGUGCACACUUCCUAAGAAAAAGGGCGAAUGCCAAGGCAUGUUCAUGAGAUGGUACUAUGACUCCAAAACCAACAGGUGUGAGUGGUUCCACUAUAAAGGCUGCAGAGGCAACGACAACAACUUCCUGAGCAGAUAUCAAUGCCAGGCAGUCUGCAUGAACACCUGA